UAGUUGGAUUUAGCGUCAUGGUAGACCUACUGUACGUUCAGUCCGCUCUAGAACAACUUUCCGAUGUCAGCAACUCUUAAUGUUAUAAUAUCAGCAACGUUAGUGCAGCAGUUAUAGUUGUUAAAUUUUAUUCGAAUUCUACGACAGACUUGUCAACAAUUUCUCAAAAAUGUCUUCAAACUCUGUAAUAAAAGUUGGCAGUGUAACCACUUACAACAAUACAGCAACGUGGAUAUCACAAGAUGCUUGUAGUAUUUUCUACAGAGACAACUGGUCAGUGUCGCCACCGUUCAAUAUUGACGGUGUAUCUUGGCAAUUAGUAAUUAUUCCAAAAGGUUAUGUUGACGGAGAUACUGAAUUGGUGUCAGUUUUUAUGCGAUUAAAAAGUGAUGUUGAAUAUAAAACAAAUUAUUCUAUCUCAGUUAUGGGUAAAGAUAAUACACCAUGUUAUCACCGCGUUUGCGGAAUUAGAAAUUACGUUCGAAAGCUAAAAAACGAAGAGCCGAAUAAUAAAUAUCACUCGUGGGGACUUGCUGAUUUCAUUCAACGUCAAGAAAUUCUAGAAAAAAGUGAUCACUAUAUGUCGCGCAACAGACUUGUCAUAUUAAUUGAAUUUUACCCAGAUAGAUUUAACGUCUAUAAUAGGUUCCCGUACACCUUUGACAGUAUUUUGAAUAAUACGGAAGAAUGCGAUGUGACAUUGAUUGUUAAAGUUGAAAAUAAAUUCAAAUAUUUGCAUGCUCAUAUAAAUGUUUUGUCAAAAACCAGUAAAGUUUUUGCCGAAUUGUUUGCUAAGCGUUCGGAUUUGGGAAAAGCCCAAAAAGCUGUGGUCGUCGAAGGUUUCAAACAUGAGGUGAUAGUUGAGAUGUUGCGAUUUCUUUAUACUGGCGAAGUGCAAAACAUGGAGAAUAUGGCCCAAGAAAUUUUGCUUGCAGCACGUAGAUAUGGUAUUCUCGACUUGAUAGAUGUGUGCGAUGAUUUUCUUUAUCAAAAUUUGUCAGGCGAUAAUGCCAGUGCAUAUUUGGAUCUUGCAAAUAAUCAUAAGCUCGUAUCACUCAAACAAAAUGCUGAAGACCUCAUCUCAUUAACUGACGAAAAGGAUAAGGAAACACAUCCAACAACAACUGAUCAUGUUUAUACUUUUCUCACCAGUGAUUUUGAUGGUUAAUACGCAUGCCGAUAUGUAUAUAAACUUAAUUAAAAUUAGACUAAAAUGACUAUCGUGUUAUUAUCACAAAUUCCAUUUAUAUUUGUACGAUCAACAAUGUGUGAGAUAUUUUUUAAAUGUAUAUUCUUUUCUAUAAACACAUGAUUAUAACUUUUUUAUUGAAAUCUGUUUACUGAUAAACUUUAAUGUAUCUGUCUAAUUUGUGAAUAAUCAUAUUUAUUCACAUUAACUGUUAUGGAUAUAAUAAAUUCAUUC